CAAAUAUCCAAAGCCAAAAAGCAUCACAUCAUAUAAGGCUCCUGUACACAAUAAAGUGAAUAAAACCAGAAGACAUGAAUCUGAACCAAAGGAGAAGAAGUGAGAUUCACCUGGAGGAGAUGUUGCUACUUACUGCCCAGAACCUGCCUGAAGUAGAAGUGAAGGAUAAUUACACAAUUCUCAAGGAGCUGGGCAAUGGCUCUUAUGGUCAAGUGCUUCUCGCAAUGAACCAAUCACAAGGAAAUCUAAUGGCGCUAAAGUUUAUGCAGAAGAACAUUACAGACCUUCAAGUUUUCCUUGGGGAAUAUUGCAUCUCACUAAUUCUGGCAGCUCAUCCGUGCAUUAUCGGGACCUUUGGCAUUGCCUUUCAGACGGACAGCCAUUAUGUUUUUGCCCAAGAGUUGGCAGUGGACAACCUCUUCUCCCUCAUGAAACCUCAGAUUGGAGUGCCUGAGAUGGCAGUUAAACGCUGCGCUAUACAGAUUUCCAGUGCUUUGGAGUAUAUGCACCUAAAAGGACUGGUUCACCGUGAUAUAAAACCUGAAAACAUCCUUAUCUUUGACCGUGAAUGUCGCCAGGUCAAGUUGACUGACUUUGGGCUCACCUGUCCUAAGGGCACCUCAGUGGAAUCUCUGUCUGAGAAUUUGCCUUAUACCGCACCAGAAAUGUGCAAACUGGGUGCUUCCGACAGACUGAUUGUGCAAACCAGCCUUGAUGUUUGGUCAUUUGGGGUGCUCUUAUUCUGUAUAUUGACUGGAUACUUUCCUUGGAACUCUGCAGUGCCAACUGAUAAAAAUUAUUCAGAUUAUACCAAGUGGCACAGAAGCAGCAGGAUCUUUCAGCUUCCAAUGCAAUGGAAAGUCCUUACCACAGAGGCUGUAGAGAUGUUAAGGAAGAUGCUUGUUCCAGAACCAACAAAAAGGUGCACCCCUAACGAAGUCAUGAACUGUCUCAAGACACCUUGGAAAAGUCACCUUGAAAAUAAAAACCAAAACACCAGCAGAGGGAAGUUGGACAAUUCCAACUAUUUAGGAGAUAGGCUGGACAACAAAAAUAUUCGGAGGAGGGCAAGAUGAUAUUAUAUGGUCUAUGUGAUGUAAUAUCAUUGCUGUUAUAUCAUUCUAUAUAAUCCGGUGACACACUGCCAGUCUGCUGGAAGGUCCUGCACUUAUAUUCUAAGGAGAGAUUGUAGGAGCAGCAGUAGUUAUGGAGGACACACAGUCCUAGAGGUUGUAAAGAAUAGGUUUGUUGGAGGUUUUGAAAAUGGCAAUGACAAUCCUAUCCAAUGCUUUUAGCAGUGAGUUAUAUUACUGACUCCAGAAGGACUGUACCUGUAAUUCAGACAUACUUCUGGGCAACAAAACACAAAACUUGAUUAUUUGGUACAACCCUCUUUGUAGAAGGAAGAGUUCCAGAAGUAUAUAAGGCUCCUAUACAAUAUAAUCUACUAAUACACUAUAAGUUAGGGCCCUGCAGCAGGUCAGGUACUGUACCUGCGGAAUACCAGCAAAGCAGUAGGGUAUCGGGUAGGAAGUUCCCAAUUCCCAAAGCCCCCCUCUUACCCCCAACAAUGGAGCAUUUUUUCCCCUUUACAUGUUUGAUGUGCUCCUGGAGUGACUUAAUUUCCAGUCCAUGGUGAUUGUCACUUCCGGUCACUUGGGUCCCCAGGUCAGGUGUGGGAGUGAAUUAAUUUUCAGUGCAUGGAGAUUGUCACUUCCAGUCACUUGGGUCCCCAGGUUAGGUGGUAAAUAUAUGCAUUGCAGGAGGGGUAGCGGGUCUGGAUAGGGAGCAUAGCGGGGUGGCAAGGGAGGCUCGGGUUGUGGGUCAGCGGGUCCUGCUCGGGCACUGUCCGACCAGACCCCUACAGAGCUCUACUAUAAAGUUCUUUAUUUUACCAUAAUAGAACACAAUCUUCCUAUAAAAAAUAAGCAAAUGAGAAAGAUCUACCUAGCCUCUAUAACCAGAGUAACUUACUUAGUAAUUAGCCAGUGAAGAACAUGGAGUUGCUCAGCAUGUGUCCUUAACAUGUCUGCAUACUUGCAUUAAUACAGGAGUGGAGCUUGACUAAGGGAUUCCUUAUAGAAUUUUUUUUGUCUUCUCUUGAUCAUCAAAUAAAAAAUAUUCUGUUUGAGUGCAGCAUGCAAUACAGCAGUUACACUCAUAGUUUCAACUGCAAUUAUGCUUAAAAGACUUGUUAUAUGCACAAAUAAUUCAUUGUUAAUAUAUGAUAACAAUAUCAAAAUGAAGGUAAACUAAAUAUGUAUACAGAGUAGUCCCAAAAGGCAAGCAAUCAGUGUAAUCUGGCAUCUGAUUGGAUGCUCUGCAUAACCACCCUGGAACACUUUGUGCCUAUAUUUGUCAAUUAUUGGUCUGUACUAGACUAAAUUAUAUUAAAAAGAGAUGGUAAUGUACAUUCAGCAUAUAAUGCUGAUUGUACAUAUAUGUUACAUUCAUGUAUAUACACAUACAUGACAGAUCCUAUAAAUCCUAUGGUGUCUAAGUAUGUGAAUGAUUAUUGGAUUGAGAAACCAAGCAGGGAAGAGCAUUUUAUAGCAUUGGGAAACCUUUUCCCUGCUCGCUGUAAAUACAGUACAGUGUCACCCAAGAUACUCAGUUUAAGUUUUACAGUCCCUUUACUCAGUGUAUACAAUGGAAGCACUAGCGGUAGUAAAAAUGAUACAGAGACUCUAGUCUUUGGAAUCCAAGUGAUGAAUCAGAUCAUUAAUAUGAGACAGAGAGCAUCAGUUUACAGGCUGGGUGACCCAUAAUUAACUUGAACAUAUUAACCUUAUGUGACAUUAUAAAACAUUAAGGAAUGUUUUACUCUAGAAUGUCUGACUGGCAGUCCUGCCCAUUGUUAAACCUAACUCUAGUACAGCAACAGCUGGAUUGGAUGUGCAGGGUUUACAGGAAUUUAGUCUAAAAAAAUGACAAUAAUGUAUAUCAUAGAAAUGGCCAGGGAGAGCAGUCGCUCACAAAUACAACUCCUGUUGCCAGUUCUUUCUGCACUUUACAUUCAACACAAACUUAUAAUGACCUUUGUUUGUUAUGGACCAGUCAUUUGUAUCAUUUGCAUAAUUUGUCCCAAAGGCCAUUUUUUGUAUUUAUGUAUUAAAUAAAUAUUCUGAAUAUUCUGAACAUCAA